UUUCUCCUUCGCUGAAAUGUGCUGCCCCUACAUUUCCUCUGCCCUCCUCUCUCCACCUUUAACUUGCUGGUAGGGAGACCAGCUUGGACUGAGAAGAUGAUAGUGGGUGUCUGCAGCCAAAAUGUGUUGCUAGUUUAGUGUUUCAAACAGGCGAGCCGAGAUUAACUCUUUGAGGAGGGGCGGCCCAGCUACUGAGCUGCCUGGGAACAGUUUGUUAGGUACUCAGUGUCCCUCGAGUUGCCUUCAAGAAUUCAAACCCCACUUUUCCAGAGAAGGAGUUGGCGAUGGCAAAAAUUAAGUAAUUGGCUUCCAGCCCCAGAAAACGUCAGGGACAGAGUGGGAAGGAAAAUUCCCAAAUUUUCUCUAUCCUGAUUUCCAUGCAGGGAAAAAAAAAUCAACAGUGCAUUCUUAGGCCAGGAAAUCCGGUUCAGCUUGUGGGGGUUGGAUGUAAGCCUCCCCAGCCCCUCUCCGGGCCUUCCACUCCUCUCUAGCAGCUAGACAUUUGCUGGCACUGGAUGGAGCCUUGGGGGCACGUAAGGGAAGAAACUAGUACUUGGUUUUAGAAGCUGAUCGAGCUUCUUGUGACUUCCAGGUCCAGGAGGUCCCUUUUUUGGAGGGAAGGGGUACCAGGGAUUCAACCCAGGGGCACUUGGCCACUGAGCCACAUCCCCAGCCCUAUUUUGUAUUUUAUUUAGAGACAGGGUCUCACUGAGUUGUUUAGCACCUCACUUUUGCUGAGACUGGCUUUGAACUCACAGUCCUGCCUCAGCCUCCUGAGCCGCUGGGAUUAUAGGCACAUGCCACUGUACCUGGCUAAGGAGGUCUCUUAGAACAGGGGGGUUGAUUUUUAAAGGAAUGGGAGAAAAUUAGUUCAAGUAAAUACAUUUUAAAAAGGACAGGAAACUUGGCUCCAAGCUCUCACCACUUUGUGUGGUUCCAUCUCUUGGGCAAUUCACUUUGGCUCCCCGAGGCCUGGAUUUCUUCAUCGGUAAAAAACUAGAAUGAACCGAAGCAUUCCUGUGGAGGUUGAUGAAUCAGAACCAUACCCAACUCAGUUGCUGAAACCAAUCCCAGAAUAUUCCCUGGAAGAGGAAUCAGAACCACCUGUUCCAAAUAUAGGAAACAUGGCGCCCAACAGCUUGUCUGCACCUAAAGAUCCUCUCUAUUCCCCAGGAGACAUUCCUCAGGUUCACCCUCCCCUGAAACUUGCAAAUCAAUAUCAGCCUAUGUCCCAGCAGAUCAGCUGCCUACGCUCUAAUGUCCUGGAGGAGACUGAAGACAGUUUCUUCAGGAGGCAUCCAGACCCAGGCAAAGAUUUUUCCUCAGGCUCCUCUGCAGCCAGUGAGCCUGAGCCUGAGUCUGUGGUCGGAGCCCUCCCACUACAGCAUCAGUUUUCAUUUAUGGAAAAACGUCAUCAAUGGCUGGAAUCUCAGCUUUCAGCAGCUUCUCCUGACACUGGCCAUGACUCAGACAAAUCAGACCAAAGUUUAUCCAAUGCCUCAGCAGACUCCUCGGGCAGUAGCCAAGUCACGAUGCCUCCACCACAGCCCCACAGGAACCGAGCAGCCCCAGAUGUGCCGACGAUAGACACGGGGUACGAUUCCCAACCCCAGGAUGUCCUGGGCAUCAGACAGCUGGAAAGGCCCCUCCCCCUCACCUCCGUGUGUUGCUUUCAGGACCUCCCCGGACCUCUCAGGUCUCGAGAGUUCCCUCAGUUUGAACAGAGGUAUCCAGCAUGUGCCCAGAUGUUGCCUCCCAAUCCUUCCCCACAUGCUCCAUGGAACUAUUGCCAUUGUCCCGGAACGUGCCAUCCCCGGGUACCAUAUGGCCACAACUACCCUCGAGCAGCCUACCAACAAGUGAUCCAGCCAACUGUGAGAGGCCUGCCACCUGUGCAGAAGGUCAUCCCUAAUUAUCCCAGUCCCUGGCACCAAGAAGAGAGGCCUAUACAAAGAGACUACUCCUUUCCAGGACUUCCAAGGUGUCAGGACCAGCAGUAUCACCAGCCACCUAAUGGAGCUGGAGCUCCUAAGGAGUCCUUGGAACAUCCUGCAGAGCUGAGACCACAGGGACCCCAGGCUCCACCCCCAGUUGCUGUGCCUAGACCCCCUAGUAACCCUCCAGUGAGAGGAACUCUGAAAACAAGCAACUUGCCAGAAGAAUUGCGGAAAGUCUUUAUCACUUAUUCUAUGGAUACAGCCAUGGAGGUGGUGAAAUUUGUGAAUUUUUUGUUGGUAAAUGGCUUCCAAACUGCGAUUGAUAUAUUUGAAGAUAGAAUCCGAGGUAUUGAUAUCAUUAAAUGGAUGGAGCGUUACCUUCGGGAUAAGACAGUGAUGAUAAUCGUAGCAAUCAGCCCCAAAUACAAACAGGAUGUGGAAGGCGCUGAGUCGCAGCUGGACGAGGAUGAGCAUGGCUUACAUACUAAGUACAUUCAUCGAAUGAUGCAGAUUGAAUUCAUAAAACAAGGAAGCAUGAAUUUCAGAUUCAUCCCUGUACUCUUCCCAAAUGCCACGAAGGAGCAUGUGCCCACCUGGCUUCAGAACACUCAUGUCUACAGCUGGCCCAAGAAUAAAAAAAACAUCCUGCUGCGGCUGCUCAGAGAAGAAGAGUAUGUGGCUCCUCCCCGGGGGCCCCUGCCCACCCUUCAAGUGGUCCCCUUGUGAUAGGGGCCAUUCCCAGACCACUGGAGUCUGGCCAUGCCUGGGGCCCUGUUUUGACAGCAUUCUUGUGGCUGAGGCUGGUCAGUGGCACUCACAGCUAUUUGUUUCUCAUUCCCUCCCUCUGAGGCCCUCAGACCCCAGAAAACCAGUACUGCAGAAUAUCUGCCCUUGUGACUUGUUGCACUCCAUUCCCCACCAAAGGUGGGAAUGUCUGAUGUGUUCUAACCAUCUGAUGUGCCCCUCAGUACUUAGCGACUAGAUAAUGUAAGUAAUGUUGUAACAAAUGUAAAUGACCACAAACACACUCCCAUUGCUUCAGGCUACUUUUAUGAAUUAGCCAGAUGUUUGAGUGUCUUCACAUCAAACUGAUUCAUGUAUAAAUAAUAAAAUAUUUGCUUUUUUGUAA